GUCGACUUUCGUCGGCGGUUCACUUGCGCUGCGAAAACGACCGAACCGUUACCGCGCGCGACGUUUUGACUCACACACACGUACACGGUAACCGGUGUGGACCAUGAAACCGUUCCGUCCGAUCUUGGCGUUCGCGGUGGUCGCGGCCGUCGCGACGUGUGCCGCCCGCGAGGACAUCGACAGCGCGACAGCCGCGUACGACGACGACGACGACGACGACCGAUCCGACGUCGCGGACGACGAUCGGUCGGCUCUGCCGGCGGCGGUCCAACGGGACGACGUUGUGUCCAAUAAUAAGUGUAACGACCCGAGAUCGGGGUACAAAUACAAGGUGGGCGUCACGUGGUACCCGGAAGGUUGCGUUCGGAGAUCUUGCUUUUAUUCCCUGGAACAUAAAACGGCACUGGUCCGCACGGAAAAGUGCAAAUGUAAGGAAUGCCCUCCUGGUAUGGAAUGUUCGACCGUGCAAAGGGCCGCAACAAAAGAUGCUCAUUACCCACAGUGUUGUCCGAUGACCGUGUGCGUUCCCGCUGGACGAACUCUAUGGGCGUUCUUCAAGCCUAAUAAUUGGAAGGUCACGUUUUCCAAAAUGAUACAGAAUACGUAACUUUCUAUCCUUGUGCCGAAAAUAUCUGUACGAAUAAAUGUAUUUAGUUCCUAAAAUACCGACUUAAAUUUACAACGAAUCAAUGAAUAAACAAGUUCAAUGACUUAUA